AUGGGUCUGACGGUGGAUAACGGCGGCGACUCGGCCACCCACACACACAAGGUGUUUCUCCUCACCAACUACGCCCUCAUCGGCGCCGCCUCCAGCUGCAUCUUCCUCACCCUAUCCCUCCGCCUCAUCCCCUCCCUUGCCGGCGCCUUCCUCGUCCUCCUUCACGCCGUAACCAUCGCCGGCGCCGUCUCUGGCUGCGCCGCCGCCUCUCGCGGCGGCGGAUCUAGGUUCUAUGGGGUCCACAUGGUGGCCACCGUCCUCACCGCCAUCUUCCAGGGCUCUGUCUCGGUCCUGAUCUUCAGCCGUCCGUCCGAUUUCCUGGGCCACCUGAAGUCGUACGUCCGGGAGGAUGACGCCGUCGUCAUACUGAAGCUCGCCGGCGGGCUGUGCGCGGUGAUUUUCUGCUUGGAGUGGGCGGUGCUGACGCUGGCAUUCUUUUUGAAUUAUUAUGCGUACGUGGAGAGGAGGGGCGAUUGUGGGAAUAGCAGCAGUUAUGGGGCGAGAAGUGGGAAAGUCCAGGAUGAGGUUGAUUUGAGGACAAAUUUGCCAUGGCAAUUUCAAGUUUGA